UAUCCUUGUUCCUCCGGCUCUGCUCCUCCUCCUCCUCCUUCCAACAAGAGUUGAUUCUACAGUACAGAUCCCUCCCUCCUCCAAGCUUUCCCAUGGCGCUGCAGUACGUGGAGGCACAGCGCCAGGCGCGCCCCGACCUCGCCGACGCCUACGCCGACCUCGCCGACCUCUACCAGCGCAAGCUCUGGCACCAGCUCACCCUCAAGCUCGACCACUUCCUCCAACUCCCCGCCGCCCAGACUGGCGACACCAUCAUACAGCUCUACAACAAUUUCAUCUCUGACUUCGAGACGAAGAUCAAUCUUCUCAAACUUGCCCACUUCGCGGUCAUCGCUUCACGCCAGUACCCUGACAAGGAUGCCGCGAUUAGUUUCCUCGAGGGGGUAACCGCAAAACUGCGCGAGACGAGGGAACGGCGCAUCGAUGAACCCGUUCUCUAUGUCAAGAUGCAGAUAGCUGCAAUUAACCUUGAGAAGGGAGAUCAAAAGGAGUGCAAGAAGCUUUUGGAUGAAGGGAAAUCCACCCUUGAUAGCAUGACUGAUGUUGAUCCCACAGUCCAUGCUAGCUUUUAUUGGAUAUCAUCUCAGUACCAUAAGGCUUGCCAAGAAUUCGCUGAAUUCUAUAAGAAUGCUCUUCUUUAUCUGGCCUACACUACUGUGGAGUCGCUCUCUGAGUCAUUCAAGCUGGAUUUGGCAUUUGAUCUCUCCCUUGCAGCCUUGCUUGGUGAUAACAUAUACAACUUUGGGGAAUUAUUAGCUCACCCGAUUAUCAACAGUCUAAUUGGAACCAAGGUGGAGUGGGUCUAUCAUAUGUUGCAAGCAUUCAACACUGGCAACCUAGCUCUCUACCAAGAACUUUGCAAGGUCCACAACGCUGCUCUUAGUGCACAGCCAGCUUUGGUGCAGAAUGAACGAAAACUGCUAGAGAAGAUCAACAUUCUAUGUCUGAUGGAGAUAAUCUUUACCCGGCCAUCAGAAGACAGAACUAUCCCAUUAAGUGUUAUAGCUGAGCGCACUAAGCUUUCUAUCAGUGAUGUGGAAUAUCUUCUUAUGAAGAGCCUCUCGGUUCAUCUUAUAGAAGGGAUAAUUGAUGAGGUGGACAGCACAGUUCACGUGUCAUGGGUCCAGCCUAGAGUACUUGGAAUUCCACAGGUGAAGGCCUUGCGUGAGCGGCUGGACGCAUGGGUCGGAAAAGUUCACACUACACUGUUGUCAGUUGAGGCAGAGACCCCUGAUCUUGUGGCUGCAUAACUUAUCGACCACUUGUCCUUUCGCUAUACGAGCUUGGUCAACAAGGCUGCGGUGCUUAAUGAGAGGUGAUCUGGCUGUGGUGCUUAUAGUUUUCUGGAGAAUGAGAACAUGUUGCCUUGGAUAUUUCCCUGCGUCCUGUUGAUCAGGAUCUGUAAUUUCACCCUUUCUUUUAUCCUUUGGGCAUUGAGUCCUGGAGCUAUCACGGAAAAGAUACAAACGGGCCAAAAGUUUCAUACCGGCAAGAUGUUAUCGUAGUUCUUUUAGUCAAAUUUAGAUUGUAAUGCAGAGGAUAUUUUCCCCUUUUAUUUUUACAUGGAUGCAGGAAACUCUAGCUGAUUCCCGUUGUGUUAA